AUGCCCUUUUCGUGGUUCCAGCAGGGUUCUAUGCGCCGCUUCACCGCGCCCAACUCCAUUAUCAGCCUUGCCGAGCCCAUACCAACCAGCUGGAUCGUUUCCGAGGUCACGAAAGAAGAUGAUUUUCAACUAUCAGAAGAAGAUUUCAGCCCUGACGCAGAGUCCUUCGCAAGUGUGAAAUCAAAGUGUACCAACAGCCAGACUACCACAACGGCCAUCAUGCGCAUGAGAUUCAAGUUCAUGGAUGCGACUCGAGCCUCGCAGGCCUCGCAAGCAAAAUCAGAGGAAUUAAAGGCCUACAUGAUACUGCGUGACAACCCUGACGCAUCAGAAAUCACACCAAGACUAUUGGCAUAUGAGGAAACAACUCAGUCUGUGGAUGACCCGGUACCCGGCGGGUUUAUGACCUUUAUUGUGUGGUCUAUUGUACCAGGUAUCCGACUUGACAGUCCUAGUGUCUUCUGGGCAAUGGAUAGUGCUGAAUGA